AUGAGCGGGAGUGGAAUCAGGAAUAUCCCGGAGGAGCAGAUGCUCCUGUCGGAUAGGGCUAGGAACGGUACCAGCAUCCUCGCCGCCAACAAUGGCAAGCUGACAUCGAGACCUAAGGUUCAAUCUGUGGCAAGCUGUCCUCGACAAGAAGUGGAUUGGCCUGGCCUUUGCCAUAACCGCAGGCCAGAUUGGACCCGGGACACACCGGGUGGUCUAAGGUCUAAUAGCCUGUCUCUCAUUGUAGAGUAUCAACUCGACUGCCAGGUCUGCCCGCAACACCUUGCUAUGGCCGGGCAUCGUCUCAGAAAAUAUUCAGAUUAA